CGUACACGUUUACCAAGGUUUUCCUAUCUUAUCAAACAAAUAAAAGUCUUAUACUAUUACUGAACUUUUCAUUCCUUAUGAAAACCGAAUAGUAAUAUGAUCAAAAUAAAUAUUUUGAUCGUCACGCUCAUACUUGGUGGCAAAUGUGAUGGGUCCACUCUACGCUUUGCCAACUAUUAUGAGAGCCACAUGGUACUUCAGAUGGCUCCAAAACGGGCCAACAUCUGGGGACUGGGGACAAUACAUCACAGAGUAGAUGUAUUUAUUGACGGCAAAAACGUCAGUUCCACCACCGUCGACCAACACUCCCAAUGGCGACUGUUGCUUCCAGCAAUGCCCAAAGGCGGACCGCAUGAUAUAAUGGUAACAUCAGGUACCGAACACGCCACGAUUCAUGACGUCUUGUUCGGAGACGUGUGGAUUUGUUCCGGACAGAGUAACAUGGGUUUCACUGUAGAAAGGCUGAUGAACAUGUCAACAACCAUAUCAGAUGCCCAAGCUACCAGUGGUCUGAGAAUUUUCAAAGUGAAGACAGUUGCAUCUAAUCAAACACAAAGGGAGCCCCAAAUUGCUGGACAUUGGCAACAUCCGGAAAAUGAUAAUGGCACGAAGACAUUUUCUGCCGUGUGUCUGUUAUACGCCCUCAAACUUGCUCCGCAUUUAAACCGACCAAUCGGAUUAGUGGAAUCGGCUUGGGGCGGGACUCCCAUUGAGGCGUGGUCCUCACCCAAUGCAAUAGACGCUUGCAAGCACCACGGGGCAACCAGAGCCACGCCGCCGCAUGCCAACAGCGUCCUGUGGAACUCAAUGAUUGCUCCGAUAACUCCAAUGACAGUGACAGGCUUCAUUUGGUACCAAGGGGAAACCAACGCGUACCGUGCUGCGGCUUAUCAGUGUCAGUUUGCCGCCAUGAUCAACGAUUGGAGAGCUAAAUUCCGGGCGUCGUCGCACCAAAAUGCUACUGCAAAACUUCCAUUUGGCUUUGUUCAGCUGGCAGCAAAUGAAAACAAAACCAUGCAUUCUGGAUGGCCGGAUUUGCGGUGGUCACAAACGGGUGGUUACGGCUACGUCCCGAACCCUUCUCUACCGGAUGUGUUUAUGUCAGUGGCAAUGGAUUUGCCAGAUUUCAAUUCGCCCUACGGCUCAAUCCAUCCCCGUGACAAGUACGACGUGGCGGACCGCCUCGCUCUGGCAGGAAGGGCUGUGGCCUACGGGGAACAGGGUCUGGAUUUUCAGGGGCCCUUCCCCACCCGUAUUACCACAGGAGGAUCCGGCGUGACUAUCGAGUACGAUAACGGCAACAAACCCAUCGCGGUCCGGGUCAACCACGGCUUUGAGAUUUGUUGCGGACACGUGGGGGACCACAACUGUACAACGAACCACUUCGUAGCGGCGCCCAUAGUCUCCCAUCACGACACAACAGUCACCAUUAGUGCGUCUGGAUGCCAUGGAAACACCGUUGUCACCUCAGUCAGAUACGCGUGGGAAAUGAGUCCGUGUAAUUUCAAAAUGUGCGCCGUUUACGGCCGGGAUAGCGACCUCCCAGCGCCGAGCUUCUUGAGAAACAGACCCUUUUAGUUGCAAUACAAGACGAAUUACACAUAUGUAUAAAUA